AUGCUGCUACUCUCUCACUUUGCGACGCUGUUCGCCAUGGUCGCUCUAGCCCGGGCACACUACAUGUCCCAAGUGCACUGGACCGGUACACCUUACGAUGUUCAAGUACUGAACGUCACCCGACCCAACAUCACCUCGCCCAAGGACGCCAUCGUCCGGAACACCCGGGCCGCCAUCUGCGGUUCCGACCUGCAUGCACAACUAUCAAGGUUCCCUUCCCAGCGGAAGGCCCCGUGGGGCACGAAGCGGUCGGGAUGGUCAGCGAGAUCGGGUCUGCCCUUAAGCGUGACGAACGUUCGAGUCGGGGGAUCAUGUGAAUCAUCCCGUCCUCGGCUUUCCAACGGAUACUUUGCUGCAUGUCCCGGAGCCGAAGAUUUUCUCUUUGGCCUUCAAAUUCAAGGCGAAUACGCUCGCCGGCAAGUUGCCGAUACCAACCUGAUCCGUAUCUCACUGACCAACGAGACCUUGACGCCCGAGUUGGAACGCGACUACCUCUUGGCCUCGGACGUAUGGCCGACCGCUUGGCAGAGCAUCGAUCGGUCCGGGUUCCAACCUGGGGACAACAUCGCCAUCUGGGGAGCUGGACCCGUGGGUCUAUUGGUUAUUCCGCCAGGUUGCGAGGUGCCGGUCGGAUCUACGUCGUCGAUCACGUUCAGGAGCGACCCGACCGAGCGGCCUCUAUCGGCGCGGUCCCCCGUCAACUUUGUCACCCCAAGACGUCGUCGAGACGCUCCUCGCCGCCGAACCCCAGAGGGAUCACACGCGCUGAAGCUCGAAGCGCUCACCGCCAAUCUUACCGUGGAUAGCAAUAUCGUCAUGCGUCAGAUGAUCGCCGUCUCCCAGUUGGACGGAGGUAUCGGGAUCGGCGGCGUCUACAUCAUGCCGCCCCAAGGACUUUCGAACCCCCGGAUCGCCGAGGUCUCCAGAGACUUUGAAUUCGACGCACAGACGUAUUUCACUAACCGACUCGUCAUGCCAGGCGGCUUGCUCGACGCCCGAGCCGCCGGGCCUUCCCUGGUCAACUUGAUCGCCCCAGCGGGGGAGCGAGAUCUCGAUCGACCAGGUCCCCGAGUUUUACGCCCGGUGGGAGGAGACCAAGGUCUAUAUCAACUUCUCAUGGUGAUCAAGUUGGAAGAGAUCGCUCGGCGUACAGAACAGAUCGUAGGCAAAGUCUCUUGGCAAGCCGAUCGCGGGCAUGUGGUCUCGUUUGCUUUUCAAUGCGACGUCGGUCCGGAAUCUUCGAACCUGUAG